AUGCUUUCGCUCCGCAACCUCAACAGACCCGCCGCCCGCUGGACGACGCGACUUCCUCUCAAGAAGGCAUACACAACUGAGCGCACACGUCAGCCGCUUCACGAACAGUGGGCCAAGAUGGCGACCAAGGAGCUCAAGGGAAAGGACCCCGAGGAGCAAUUGACCUGGAGAACGGCCGAGGGACUCAACAUCAAGCCUGUUUAUACUCAAGCUGAUACCAAGAGCAUUCCUGAUGAGAUCCCUGGAGCUUUCCCUUUUACUCGUGGUCCUUAUGCUUCCAUGUACACAGCCCGUCCCUGGACCGUUCGCCAGUAUGCUGGAUUCAGUACAGUAGAAGAGUCCAACAAGUUCUACCGCAAGAACUUGGCUGCCGGUCAGCAGGGUCUCUCUGUUGCCUUCGAUCUGGCUACCCACAGAGGUUAUGAUUCGGACCAUCCCAGAGCUGUGGGAGAUGUCGGUAUGGCUGGUGUCGCCAUUGACUCUGUCGAGGACAUGAAGAUUCUUUUCGAUGGUAUUCCUCUGAACAAGAUGUCGGUCUCCAUGACCAUGAACGGUGCUGUGUUGCCUAUUCUUGCCAUGUUCAUUGUUGCUGGUCUCGAGCAGGGAGCGAAAUUGGCAGAGUUGUCGGGAACGAUCCAGAACGACAUCUUGAAAGAGUUCAUGGUGCGCAACACAUUCAUCUACCCCCCAGAGCCUUCGAUGAAGAUCAUCGGAGACAUCUUUUCGUACACUGCCGAUAACAUGCCAAAGUAUAACUCGAUCUCGAUUUCUGGAUAUCACAUGCAAGAGGCCGGCGCCGACAAUGUCCUUGAGAUGGCCUUUACGAUCGCCGAUGGUUUGGAGUACAUCCGUACGGGACUCAAGUCAGGAAUGACGGUUGAUCAGUUCGCUCCUCGUCUGUCGUUCUUCUGGGCGAUUGGAAUGAACUUUUACAUGGAGAUUGCCAAGAUGAGAGCUGCCCGUCGUCUUUGGGCUGUUAUGGUCAAGGAGAAGUUUGAGCCCAAGAGCGAGAAGUCUUUGCUCCUUCGUACCCAUUGUCAGACCUCUGGAUGGUCCCUGACCGAGCAGGAUCCCUAUAACAACGUUAUUCGCACAACGGUCGAGGCGAUGGCAGCAACAUUGGGCGGAACUCAGUCUCUUCACACCAACGCCUUUGACGAGGCCAUCGGAUUGCCAACCGAGUUCUCUGCCCGUAUUGCCCGUAACACCCAGCUGAUUUUGCAGGAGGAGGCUUUCAUCCCCAAGGUUGCUGACCCCUGGGGUGGUUCUUACAUGAUGGAGUCGAUGACCAAUGAUAUGUACGAUGCGGCCAAGAAGAUUGUUGAUGAAGUCGAGUCUAUGGGCGGUAUGGCCAAGGCUGUUGCCAGUGGUAUGCCCAAGCUCAGGAUUGAGGAGUCUGCCGCCAAGAAGCAAGCCCGUAUCGACUCUGGUCAAGACACGAUUGUGGGAGUGAACAAGUAUAGAUUGGCCAAGGAGGAUCCCAUUGACGUGUUGGCGAUUGACAACACGGCCGUCAGAAUCGGUCAGACCAAGCGAUUGGAUGACAUGCGCAAGAACCGUGACUCCGUCAAGGCUCAGGCCUGUUUGGAUGCCUUGACCGAGUGCGCCAAGACCGGCAAGGGCAACUUGCUCGCCCUUGCCGUCGAGGCCUCGAAAGAGAGAUGUUCUGUCGGCGAGAUCUCGGACGCAUUGGAGCAGAUCUGGGGCCGCCACUCGCCCACGAUCCGUGUUGUCUCGGGUGCUUACAAGUCCGAGUAUGGUGACAGUACCGAUGUGACGGAUACGAUUUCGAUGGUUGAGAAGUUCUUGAAGGAUCAGGGUCGUCGCCCUCGUCUGCUUGUUGCCAAGAUGGGUCAGGAUGGUCACGAUCGUGGUGCAAAGGUGAUCGCCUCUGGCUUUGCCGAUCUUGGAUUCGAUGUCGAUGUCGGGCCUCUUUUCCAAACCCCCGCCGAGGUUGCCCGUCAGGCGAUUGAUGCCGAUGUCCACGUUGUUGGUGUGUCGUCCCAGGCUGCUGGUCACAAGACGCUUGUGCCUCAAUUAAUUGCAGAAUUGAAGAAGCAAGGUGCCGGGGACAAGUUGGUGAUCUGUGGAGGAGUUAUUCCUCAACAGGAUUACCAGUUCUUGUUUGAUGCUGGUGUGACUUCGGUUUUCGGUCCCGGUACUCGUAUCCCUGUUGCUGCCCAGGAGGUCGUCAACAAGAUUGGUGAGAAGAUUGCAAAGUCUUGA